AUGAAUUAUAAUAUUAUUAAACAUCCAAAAAAAAUUAAGCGUUUACUAUUGCCUUGUUACGGUCGUAGUAAUUUCCAUGUUUUGGGAAUAGAAAGCAGUUGCGAUGAUACCGGGGCCAGUGUUGUUAAUGAUUCGGGAAAAGUUUUAGGAGAAAGUCAUUGUUCUCAAUCUGUAAUACAUGUAGAAGCAGGUGGAAUAUUGCCACACGUUGCCUCAGCAUUACAUAAAAAUAAUUUAAAACAUGUUGUAAAUUCAGCUAUGUUGCAAAGUAAAUUGAAAUUUGAAAAUCUCGAUGUGAUUGCUGUGACAGUCAAACCUGGAUUAAUUUUAUCAUUAACAGAAGGUGUAAAUUAUGCCAAGAAUCUGUGUACUUUGUACAACAAACCAUUAAUACCUAUUCAUCAUAUGGAAGCUCAUGCAUUGACUGUUAGAAUAAUCGAUGAAGUAAAAUUUCCAUUUUUAGUUUUUUUAUUAUCAGGAGGUCACUGCAUUUUAGCUCUGGCAAAUUCUGUAAGAAAAUUUUAUAAACUAGGAGAUUCAAAUGAUAAUAGUCCAGGACAAGUUUUUGACAAAAUUGCAAGAAGAGCCAAACUCAUAAAUUUAAAUGAAUUAAAGGGACUAGUUGGUGGAGCGGCUAUCGAAAAGGCUGCCAAAACAGGAAAUCCUACAGCAAUCCCUUUUUCCCAAACAACUUUAAAAAGUCAAAAAAAUUGCAACUUUAGUUUCAGUGGAUAUAUAACAUCUGCCUAUAAUUACAUUCAAUCCCAAGAAAUAAAUUUAAACCUUUCACCUGAUGCUGUCAUUCCUGACAUAAAUGAUUUUUGUGCAAGUUUUCAAUGGAGCCUAACAACACAUUUAUGUCAACGCUUAGAAAUGGCAAUAAAAUAUGUGGAGGAAAGAAAAUUAUUAAAUGAAGAUGAGAAACGUUUGGUAGUGUCAGGUGGAGUAGCAUCCAACUCACUGAUUAAAAAUGCCUUGAAAUUUGUAUGCAAUCAUUAUAAUUACAAAAUAUUUAUUCCACCUCCUAGACUUUGUACUGAUAAUGGAGUUAUGAUUGCUUGGAAUGGGGUAGAACUUUUAAAAGAAAAUUUCAAAAUGAUUUAUCCUCAUGAAUUACAAUCUAUCGAACCUCAAGCAAACCCUUUUGGAGAAGACAUAUCAGAUGACGUGGCCAAUGUUAUGAAAAAUUUUACCUUUUCAAAAUCUUCCAAGGUUAAAUUGCAAAAAUUUAUUGAAAAUGCUCCAAAUUCAAAUCUAUAA